AUGGAUCAAUCGAGCUUGGAUAAUCUCUUGAGAUUCCCCGGCUAUGGCCAAACAGUUGUUAGUGAUGCGUCUAUGCUUUCAUGUGGUUGUUUGACUUCGGAGUCGUUGUUUUCAGAGGAAUGUGGAAAUUCAUGUUUCAAUUGCCAUGCAACGAACGUCUCCAUUGUUGGACAAAUUGAACCACUACGACGCUUAUACCAUUUGAUCUACACGAAAGGAUAUAGACGCCCAUCGCAUGGUGAAAGAAGCCGUCGAAGCAUUACAAGGAGAGGAAGCAAAGGCGAUGAUCACUCAGCUCAACAAACUUCCAAAUUGACCGAAUCGAUGAACUUGAUGACUUUGUUCCACAAGUUUGCUAAAGAAGAGCAAUCUAGUUUACUUCAGACUGAAUCUGAUUCCACAGUUGCGCCCAUGGACAUAGUAGGAAAACUGAAACUUGCUGAAGACAGUUCAUCAGCACUACAAGGUACACCUUCAAGUCGUUCAGUGUCUGUAUCACCUCAAAAUUUCCGUCAACACGGGUCUGAUUUUAUGGUACCGAAUCAGCAAAGAGGUGAUACAGAUUUCGAAACACUUUUAAAGCAUGUUAGCGAACAGAAGGAAUACAACUUUAGUAAAUGCUUUCCCUUUCAUCGAAAAGUUUUAUCGUUCCCCGUGCUGCAAAUGAAAUUGAAUUUAGGGACGGUAAAUCCAUUUAAAUUGGGGUCAUUUAUAAAGAGAUCAAUAAACUCAUCUAUUCACACAUAUAUUGACUUCCAUGAGGGAUUGGAGAUAACUCGAUUUGUACUUUUGAGCGAAAAGAAGUGGGAAUUGUACGAAUACAAGUCACCAUCACUGGAAACAAAUGUAUCCUAUAUCAAACCUGUUCUUGUAUGUUGUGGGAAACUGACAGGCGAAUAUGGGGAGUCUCAGAGUAGCUUGAGACCUGUAAACACGCCUGAUGACCAUGAAACUAUAAAGUCAAAUAAUUUUGACUUCAAUGGGAAAGCCGGAAAUCAUUCUUUUAAAGAUGACUUGAAGAAACGAUUGUCUUCGUGGGACCAUACGUACUGUCGGCUAACUAAAAACUACUUGGUCAUAUCCGGUACAAGGGGGAUCAUGAGGGUAUUCAAUAUCAAUUCGGAUAGCAAAUAUCGAAUAGGAGAACCAGUUUACACUUAUCUCACAAAUUUCCCAAUCAGAUGCAUUGCUAUAUCACCCAACGAAAAUCUCAUUGCCUGUAGCAUAACUGGGAGAGAACGAAUUUCCAAUAAAGAGCAACCAUUUGUUGUUCUACAUAGGAUGUCAAUGAGUGAUGAGUUGUGGGUUAAUUUUGCCGACCCCAUGUUGAUAACAGUGCCCUUUCGUGAUCCAAUCAAGCUUGUCAAAUUCAACGCUGCUUCAUCUCACAUCAUAUGCGCCACAGUAUGGGAAUCAAGAUACAUCAUCAUCAAGCUAAGGGAUGGUGAGAAGGGAUACCAAAAACCACGCUUGGUAUGGUCAGAUCUGCCAUUCAAGAGUGGCCUGAGACAAGAUGAUGGCGGCCAUGCAAAUUUGAGUAGAGAAGAGGAAAUUGACGACGAAUUAAUGAUGGCAAGUGAGGGGAUUACUGACAUCCAAUUUGGUAAUAUGCAUUCGAAUACAAUUGUGAUCACUUCGAACACAAUAGGACAUAGGCCACCUAUUUUAAUUGGCCUUCAUGGCACUCAAAUUGAUUCCUCCCGGACGGAUCCAAAUACUGAUGGAUAUAGCAUUGAAAAUUCCUUCUCAAGCCAUCACAAAGAUGACGAGGAUGACGACUAUUCGAUGUUGAAGUCUUCCGAGGUACUACUCAGAUUUCCUGAAGUCGGCUCCUCGAUUCACGUGGCUGCAUUAUCUCCUCGAGGAGACGGAAUCGUGUUUGCAGACAAGGACGGGCGCUUGUACUUGGUGUCCACUCCUAAUAUAAAUACGCAAUCGGGUACUGGUCAGUUGGCGAAGAAAACAGUGGUAUUAUUGGGUGAUGUUGCCAGUGCCGAGAGAUUUACAGAAGCCGCAUCAGUUCAAUUCCUGGCUGACGGCGGUAAAGUGUUUACCGUAGACAGAAAGGGAUUGUUUCAGGCUUUUGACUUUACGAAAGGUAUCCCAGGAGAAGAUCUGGAUGUUGUCAAGUGUAAGAUAAUCAGUAUGUAA